GUGACUCCAGACCCACAGCAAUGUGGUUGACUCAGAACUGCCCUCAGGCAAUUAGGGAUGGACAAUAAAUGUUUCUUGGCCAGCGACGUCCUCCUCCUGUUAACAAAUAAAGAAAAAAAAUUCCCUAUCUUCAUAAUUUUCAACCUUCUCCCCCCCCCAACCCCCCUUUUAAGUGGAAACAUCUUAUUUAUACCCACCCAAUUGAACCUUUUUUUAGAUUAUUAAAGACCGCAAUGAGAUCACUCCCUCAGCUCAGUAAAGGCAAAAUACUGCAGGUGCUGGAAAUCUGAAACAGAGAUAGAGACAGCUGGAGAAGCUCAGCCAGUCUGUGGGAGAGAGAAACAGAUUAAUGUUUCAGGUCCAGUGACCAUUCUGAACAAGAGUCUUAUUGAACAUGAAACGUUGACUCUGUUUGACUCUCGCGCUCUCUUUCUCUGUCUCGCGCGCUGUCUCUCUCUCUCACCACCCCCCCCCCCCCCCCCCCUCAAACAGAUGCAGUCAGACCUGCUGAGUAUCUCCAGCCUUCUGCGUGCUUGUUUCGCCCUCUCCCAGCCUUCCUGUUUGCCCUGGCCGGCUUGUUCACAGAUGUUUGUAACCUCCGAGGCUGUGAUCGCAUUGGAGCGGGGCGCAGAGGAGAUUCAGCAGGUUGUGGGAUGGAGUGGUUAUCUAUGACGAGAGAGUGGAGAGGGUCGGAGAAGGCUGACUGAGAUGGAUGAGAGUGUGCGGGGCAUGGAUGUGUAUAGGAAGCAGCCAUGCUCUUUCGUUGAAGGGUCAGUAACAUAGGGACAGGAGCAGGCCAUUCAGUCCCGUUCUCCCAUUCAGUGAGAUCAUAGCUGAUCUGUGGCCUGACUCCUUGGAGCUGCCUUUGGCCCCGAUCCAUCAAUACCUUUGCGAAAGGGAAAUCUAUCAACAGGAGAGGGCCGUAAAUUUCAGGCUAAGGGCAGGAGGUUUAGAGGGGACCUGAGGAAACCUUCCCUCGCCCAGAGGGAACCCGAAAACCUUUCAAACAGUAUGUGGGUGUCCCGGUUGUUGCCGCUGGCCCCUGAAUGUUGGGUAUCCAGGGGCUGUAGAUCGCUGACCCUGGGGAAGAGGGGUCUGGCCGGCUGGCACCGCCAGGGAGAUUGCCCCCGGGUGAGGGGUCUCCAGCCUCUGCUCCCUCCGUCGGCCUGCGCCAUGUCGGACUGCAUCCUGAACCUGGACUUCUCGCCGGUGCAGCCUUCUGUAGUGGCUCAGCCCAGCCUCAAACAUAAGCGGUUCUUGAAGAGGCGGGCCUACCUGGAGAGCAGGGGCUACCUGAGCAAGAAACGGGGCUCGUGGAGCCGGCCGGGGCGGCCCCCUCCCUCCACCCACCAGACCCUGAGGCCCUCCGGCAUCCCUAACGGGGAGGCGGAGAGGACGGGUAAAGGGAGCCAGGGGGCUAACCGGCCCGUCGGCCGGGGUGCAGCCCUCUCGGAGAAGGACCAGCUCCUGGCUGAGUGUCAGAGCGGACUACCUCCCCCUGGCCGGGGCGGUCCCCCCAGACCCCAGCACGCUGCCAGGCCUGCUCCCGCCCCAACCCCGCCCCGGGGACCCCACAAGCCUUACAAGUGCUUGGCCCUCGACUGCGAGAUGGUGGGCACGGGCCAGGGGGGCAAGAGGAGCGAGCUGGCCCGCUGUAGCCUGGUGGGUUAUGACGGAGAGCUGGUCUACGACAAGUACAUCCUGCCGCCCAACCCCAUUACCGACUACCGGACCCGCUGGAGCGGCAUCCGGCGGCACCACAUGAGGAACGCCACGCCCUUCAAACUGGCACAGAAAGAGAUAUUAAAGCUGCUGUGCGGGAAGAUUGUGAUUGGUCACGCUGUCCACAACGACUUCAAGGCGCUGAACUACUUCCACCCACAAUCCCUGACCCGUGACACCUCGAAGAUCCCACUCCUAAACCGCAAGGCCGGCUUCCCUGAGAAGGAGGCAGUCUCACUGAAGAAACUCACAAAACAGCUGCUCCAUCGAGACAUCCAGGUCGGGAAGCAGGGACACUCGUCAGUGGAGGAUGCCCGUGCCACCAUGGAACUGUACAAACUGGUGGAGGCCCAGUGGGAGCUCGAGGUGGGCGCUCAGCCAAAGAGCAAGUAACGGGCGAGGCCGUUGGUCACUGCGGGAGCCCACGCUAACACAACCCUCUCCGCUCCCCACCUGCCCCACCUCCGAACGCCAACAAGCUGGCCGCCUGCCAACCGCACCGUACUCGUGGCAAACGGGAAAUGGCCGAUGAUGGACACUGGCAUCUCAGUGACUCGUAAAUGUCUGACCAGACGAUCUAUAAGCAGAGGGAUCGACAUGACGCUAGGAGGGUGGAUGAGUUUUAAUCUCCUGAACUGGUCCUUUUUUUUAAACAUAAUAUAUAUAUAUAAAAAAAAAACAGACUUGUCUCCCAUGCACUGGAAGAGUGUGGAAGAGAAGGCUAGGCAUUGUGUGUGUUUUAUAGAGAAAAACCUAGAUCGCACAGUCUCUUCAUAUUCCUGUUUGAAACGAGAAGAGCCUUUUAACCUCACGGUAUCCAGAUGCACCAGGAAUAUCUUUGGGCUCUCCGGUGGUUGGACAGGGUGUGGCGAGGGGAAGCAGACUCUUCGGCAUCACUCCUUCGGUGAUGUUGAGGCAUCAGUGAUGGGCGAUGAAGUAAUGGUAUUGUGUUCCCAGUGAGCUCCAGGGCCACUGUCUCUCAGGUUGGUGUUGACAAGGUUCAGGUGCAAUCCGCUUAAUGUUUGCUGGGCAUACUCCCUACCGCGAGAAUGUUGUUUUGGAAGAUCACCCAUUGCUGUUGGGUUUUUGUGUCUGUUACACACUCUGUGUCAGCUGUAGGCAGCUGUCUCUGUGGCUUUCUCAUUCUGUGUGUCUGUCUCUUUCUCUCACUCCCUCUCACUCUCCCUCUUUCUCUCUCUUUUUCUCUCUCUCUCUCUCUCUCUCUCCCCCCCCCUUUCUGUGUGUGUCUCUCUCCCUCUUUCUCUCUCCCUCUCUCUUUCUGUCUGUCUCUCUCUCUUCCUCUUUCUCUCUCUCUUCCUCUCUGUGUUCUCUUUUUCUGUCAUUCACUCAGAGUUGUGGCUUCAGGUCCACACUGCAGAGAGAAUUGACCCCAAGACCUGGCCUGACACUCCCUGAUGGAGCUGAUGUAUUCCCCUGACUUUUGUUACAACGUGGUUCCAAACUGGAGCUCAGAGUAGGCAAGAGAUGGGGAUGGCACCGGCGGACAGGCUGGCUGGGAGAGUUUAGAGAGUGUGCACGUAGCUGAGACAGCAGCCUCUGAAAUCAGAGGAAGCCCCAUCAGCUAGCGUCUGAGUACAGAACUGUCCCUUCGGAGGGGAUGGGGAACAUCUCGUGCACCUCAUGCUGCAGAAUGAUGCGCACAUCUUGUCACCCCAGGGAGUGUGUGAACAUGGUGCCUGAAUGGCACAUUGAGAAUGGUGAUCGCGGUCUGUGUCGGGUAGACAGAACAUCUCUGUAAAUGUUGAGACUGACACAUCUCUCAGUGGCUCACGUUCCAAAGCGCCUGUCCGCAUUUUGAAUGCAUUGUACAGUAUUUUACCUAAGAACAUUUCAAAAUGAAAAGUACGUUUCUGCAUUUUA